UGCUUAAUUGAUAAUGAUGUAGUGCUCUAUUGCGUUUUGAGACAGAAAGUAUAUAUUUGUACAUAAUGUUCUUUUGACAGGUAACAAAUUCACUUAUCCUAGUGAGGUUGUUCGUCAUCAUUUGGUGUUGGAAAUACUCAGACGUACUAAGAGAACUAUGGACAGAAGUACUUGUCUCCGGCUUUUAGCAGUCGUUGGAAGCUUGUGUAUCUUGGUUCCCGGUGUAAAAGGCGGUAUGAUGAGCCCACUCGCUAGGAUGAAGGAUCCCGCAAUUGAACAAAAACUUUCUAUGAAAGAGUGCAUGAAAUCCGGAUGCCAAACUCCGAGCCUUUGUUACUUACCACAUCCCACCAGCUGCUUCAAGUUCAUAAUGUGUAAGCCGGGAGAAAAAGGAGAAAUGUAUGUUGAGACGAUGCCGUGCGGUUUUGGGACGAUGUGGCAACACCAAGAACAAGGGCGCGAUCCUGUAUGCGAUCGAUACGAUCUUGUUGCCUGCCCAAAUGACAAAUGCAAAACACCAGGUAUGGUGAGUUAUAAACACGGGGACAAUCACUGCCGAACGUAUUGGGAAUGUAAAGGAGGCAACUCUGUGCCGCAAUGCUGCGAAAAAUACCAGAGAUUUACGACGGUUAACGAAACUCACGGAGCAUGUGUCAACGAUUCCACAUGCGAAGACGUCUGUCCACUGCUGAACGAUGCGACCUGUCAAGGAGGCGGCGUAAAUGCCUCCAGCUUUCCAGACGGAAACUGUCGGACAUACUGGGAUUGCACUUCGGGACAUCAACAUCCGGUCUGCUGCCCUCAAGGCGAGGGCUUCAACGUGUUCAGCUCCACUUGCGAGCCCGAUGCAACAUGUUUGGGCACUUGUCCAACCGCUUAUGCUGAAUCGUGCUCAAUAGCUGGAACUACGAGUUAUGAUCUAGAAGAUGAAAACUGCAGAACAUACAUGAAGUGUAGCCAGCAAGGGCAGGCGGAUCCCUAUUGUUGUCGGCCGGGAAAGUUCUACGAUGUAAAACUAAAGCAAUGUGUGGAAUCAACAAACGAUCUCUGUAAAAUGGCGAGCUGUCCCCUUGGUUACAAGGAGGAGUGCCGCUUGGGGGCGAUUCCCAAUGAUCCCUCUCGUUUCAAGAUGUUGGAUUCCGCCGCUGAAAUUAUCAUGCCCUGCUCGGUGGGAACAGAGUUCAACCCAACACUGUGCCAAUGUGUCAUGAUAAAAAAAACCAGUGCAGCAAAGCCUGCUGGUUGUACACUGGCCAUUCAUUUUGUGCCUCCCGAUUUGAAGAACAAAGGGACUGCACAAGCCGCCCUGUUAAUGAUUGGGGGCCAUGGGCAAGGAGAGAGAGGGGUCGGCAACAUGACUAACGUUUGGACCGGAAGGACCGGGAUAAACAUACCUUUCUACGGCUCACAGUCACUCUGGGACUUUUACCUGUGUUUGUUGGUGCAGCCGAAGUCUAUAUCAAUUGUCAAGCAGGUUCUUCUUUCUUCCUGUUUUAAGUUUGCUGAACCUGAUGCGUUGAGCCUCGAAGUGAGCAUGCAGGGUGGACAACUUUCCAUCACUGUAACUACAAACCUCGGGGAAAACUUUAACGCCACCACACCGUACGAUGAGGACAAGCAGCUUAAAAUUCAACUCGUGCGCAAGGGCUUGACAGUGGGUGUCUUUGUCGGAGACGGAGAACUUAUCACCUUCCAGAAAACCCAAGAUCUUAGAGGAAACAUACCAAUAGAUAUUAGCGGUCUGAGGUUCGGUCAUUGUAGAAAUAACCCGAACUCCAGCGGCUUUGUAGGGGUCGUCAACGAUGUAAAGUUUUCAAAGUGCGUCCUAACGAAACAUGAGGCUUUGCUGAGUCCCCCUCUUGUUCCGGUUCCAUAAAAAGAUCAAAAUAUCACAUAAUGUGCCAUAUAUUUGUUUGGAAAGAUAUCUAAUAAAUUUCCUAAAGAGGA